AAACUGGAAUUGGGAGCUGCAACCGAGACACUCUGCGGCCAGGCGGCACACGGCACAGUUCUUUGAGUCUGCUGAGUUGUGCUUUCGUGCUCAUCCUCGCAAACCCUGCCACGACAGUGACGCAGCGGCUUUCGCGCCGUUCGGCUCCUCGAGCGGACCACACCUGCCACGGGCGUGGUCUUCGGACGACGAUAACGGACGUACACUGGUGCGAACAUUGCGGACAUCCCCAUUGAUCUGAAGCCGACGACGGUGCUUGUGUUUAACCGGCCAUGAGGCUCCUCACGGUGGCCGUGCUGCUGUGCGUGGCCGUCGUACUCGCGUCGUGCCGGCGACGCUAUCGUAUCCGCUACCUGGACGCCGACGACGUGGACGAUGCACCGGUCGUGUUCCGGCGGGGCCGGAAUCGGGACCUGAUGCGCGACCUGGAGGCCAUGGCCAGCGGUUCGGACCGCCCCGUAUAUGUGAUACGCCGGCGCAAGCCCAAGGACCGCCGGCUGCUAGGCCACAGCAGCCGCGAGCGGGUGCGCUUCGAAGAGCCGCCGGAGGAUUUCGACGCCGAAGAAAGCAGGCGGCCGAUGCCUCCAAUGCCUGGUCAAGACCCGUUCCGGCCGACUUUCGUUGUCCAAGGCACGUACGCCCUACACCCGAGGUCUCACAAGUUGAUGCCCUACGAAGGCGAACACCCGAUACCCAUCCCUCGAGAAGUGUUCUCCCAGAUUUCUUAGUCCACCAGGCAGGCCUGGAAGGCACCGUUCCACUGAGACGCCCACCAUCACUGUAGAACCGGCGAUUGUGCUUGCGGCGCAGAAGAGUGAAGGAGCAGCGUGUCCUGGCUUCUUCAGCACUGGAAACGCGUGGAAACGGCAGGGGUCAUAUAACAAUCGCUCAUCUGCCAGGCCACCGCUGUUCAGUUUAGGAAAUAUCAUACGUUGCCUUUAGCCUUGGCAUCUCAGAAUGCACAUCAUAUUUAUCGCUGUUUUCUUUUUUUUUCACCCACAGCAAAUGCGCUGUCGUAUCAUCUAAGUUUUUUAAGUUAUUUUCCUCGUGAAUAAAUGAACAACUCGCACAAUUUAUCUGUAUAAUCAUUUGAUUUACGCGAACGGCUCAUUACCAACUUGUGCUUGAGCAAUCCAUGCUCACCAGAACACUUUCUUCUUAAAGCAAAAAUAAAUAAAUAAAUUAUAAAUAAAAAAACUCCCUCAAAGUUAUUGUCUUCCUUGCAGCAGAAGUACUUCAUUAGCUACUGUUUGUCGUGUCGUGUGUGUGUGGCAUUUUAUGCGGUACAUUCAAUAAAUAUUAAUUUGUA